UUUUCCUGGAAAAAUGGAUACUCAAUCGGCUUAUGACACCAACAUUAGGCACCAGCAUGGAGAAGACGACGACGACCAGCACCAUGAGAAACAUUCGGUGUUGGAAAAGGUUAAGGCAAAGGCAAAGAAGAUGAAGGAUACGAUUAAAAAACAUGGGCCCGGACAUCACCAUGAAGGUCACAUCCCUGAUGAUCAUGACCUAGACGAGGAAGACGACGAUGAAGAAGAAGAAGAAAUUGUUCAAGAUCCUGAAGUUCAUGGAGGACCGAUGUACGAGUCUGCCGCCGUAAAAAAUGUCGUCUCUGGACAACCAGAAGACUUGAGCCGUACCGGAAUUACAAAUUUCGAUAGGUUAGACGCUUUGCCAACGGAUCCACUGGCAUCAAGGGAAAGAAAGCGCACCGUUGGUGGCUUGGAGGCGCCUCUAAUGAGAGAACAACCGAGGGUUGGCUUUGGGAAGACGACUGAUACUGUCGGCGAACCUCCAGCGCCGCUGCAAAACACACCUUUUCCGUCAAGUUAUCAAGUCAAAGAUGACAAUCCUUCAAAAACUUUUGUUCAUGGGGUGGAUGAAUAUCCAGGCCAACCGAAGGUUAAUCUGCAGAGACCAAAAGGGUUGGAGGAAGACGCUACUGCGCCGAAGGACACUGCUGAUGCUUAUUCCACUACUAAUUAUCAGACCAAAGUCACAGAUCCAACUAGAGAAGGUGGAGAAGCAACAGGGAUAGCCCCGAUUCUUCAUUCGAUGGAUAAAAUGAAAAUUUACGAUGAAAACGACACAGGAAAAAAGCGUAAUGUCGACAAACCGAUGAAUCAGAGCAGCUACACCGAGAAAAUCUCGUCUGCAACCUCUGCUAUUGCAGAAAAAGCGGUGUCAGCCAAGAACAUUGUAGCUUCAAAGCUCGGCUAUGGUGAAAAAGAUCCGACUACCGCCAAUGAAUUACGUGAAGGUCGAGAUACAACUAAACAAGCAUCAGCAACGAAGCUACACGGUUCUGGCUCUGGAACCGCAACCGAGGUGGAAACUGAGCAGGUUAAAGAUCGGGACAAAGGGGUGUCGGUAAAAAGCUAUAUUGCGGAAAAAUUUAAGCCUGGUGACGAUGAUAGAGCGCUAUCGGAAGUGAUUUCAGAGACUUUUCAGAAGCGAAAGGAGGAUACUCCGUCAAGGGGGAAGGUGACUGAGUCGGAGGAGGUUGCGAACCGGUUGGGCACUGGUGAUGGAACCAACGAAAGGGUUGGGUCGGGAUCGAUGAAUAGUCCGACCAAUAGCGUAGUGGAUAAGCUUAAAGGUGCUGUUGGAUCAUGGUUUGGAUCAGACACAACUGGUUCUUCAAAUUCUGGCGAUAGUCGAACUCUUCAGGAGUCGGGCAACUGAUUCCUUGGGCCUGCU